AUGAAUUCGUUCACCAUGUCAGACUUGGAAGGGUUCAUCCCAGCUGACGUAGACCACUCAAAAGAAGAGCAUCUAUUAAAUCUGAAGCAAGGAGAAGGAAAUUCAAAGUUGCCUUUGAAACCCACGAAAAAUAAAGACAAAUGGGAAAUUGCAUAUGCCUCAGCGGUUGAAGAGCCCAACAAUAUCGAGAAGUGGAACGAACUUUUCGACUUACUCGACGAAAAAUGGGAGCAACUACAGCCUACAGAGCGUUCGGAAGCUUUUAAGACAUCCGUUUCUUCGUCAUACGCCAAGCUUCUUCUGCGGUUUCCGUAUCUCACAGAACAUUGGAAACGCUAUCUGAUUGUCCAAUAUAAAAUGAAUGGCAUUGAUGAAUCGCUAAACACUUUGCGCCAUAGUACAAGAAGAAAUCCACAAUCGGUAUCAUUGUGGGUCGAUUUCCUAAGUGCAAUGUUGGCCGUUCACGAAUCAAAACCAGAAAACGAAAAAGAAACUCAUUUGAAAGACAUAAGAAAAGAGUUCAAAUCUGCGGAGCAAUUUAUCGGGCUCAACUAUAAUUCAGAUCCUUUCUGGAACAAAUAUAUCGAGUUUGAGACGAAGUAUGCUACAGAAGAACCAUCUUUAUCUCUUCUUGAAUUAUACAAACGGCUCAUAUCGAUCCCUUUAUACCAGUACGCCCAGUAUUAUAAUCAAUUUUGCCAAAUCUCCAAAAACUAUAGCGUCGAACAUGUUGUGAAAGACGAGCAGAUGCUCCAACAAUUCUUGACCCUGUAUUCAAAAUCACUGGUCAAAGACCUUUCCAUUGUGGAACAGCACCAGAUCAUCGAUGCAUACGCAUACAGUGUGUUCGUUGAGACACAGAAGAAAGUCAAUGAAAAAUGGGCCUUUGAAUCUCUCGUGACUCUUCAAGAGUUUCUGCUACGUGACAUCUCAGAGAUACAGAAACAAUAUGAGUCCUGGGAAAAAUAUGCAGACUAUGAAAUAGCUUGCUUGCAGAGUAUUAGCGAUGAAAAAAGGGGAUUCCAGUUCCAGCUUGUUAGCAGCGUUUUCGAGAGAGCCUUGGUUCCUCAUUGUUUCAACGCAAACUUAUGGUUGAAGUACAUUAAGUUCUUGGAAGAUAAUACAUCAGAUCCCACAGAAAGGUUUUCAUCCGUCAAAGCAGUCUACGAUAAAGCUAUCUUCGAAUUUGUCCCUCUAGAUGAAAGCAAUAUUAGGGAGCAGUUUGUGCUGUUCUUGAUGAGCAAUGAAAAGUUUGAUCUUUGCAAUGAGUUCUUACUAGAUUGUAUUCGUCUUUUUUCUGGAAUUACCGGGAGCGGUAUUUAUGCCAAGAAAGCAUACAUUCAUGAAGUCAGACUGAUACUUCAACUUUGGGAGGAUAAUGUGGAUAUUUCGGAACUUCUCAUCCUUCUAGAGGGAAUAAUUUCUGGAUAUUUUGAACGAAUUGACAGAUACAAGAAAGAAGUGGAUGCCUCGCCCACCCAGAAGCAAGAAAAGUCAAAAUAUGAGUUCAAGUCAUCAUAUUCCACUGCCUUAUCCAGAUUUCUCAACGAUGAUGGGAUAUGUAUAAUCACUGCUCAUUAUCUUAGACUACUACCAGAUUCUGACAAGAUCAGAAAUUUUUUUAACAAAUACCAUCGAGAAGAACCAUUAUCCAGGUCGGUGCAGUUCUGGAAGUUUUUCAUUGAGUUUGAGGGUUACAAAGAGCACAAUUUGAUAAAUUUACGAACUAUUUUCUCAUUCAUCAAAACGAAGAGCUCUCUACCAAAACAGGCUGUGGAUGCAUUUGUUGAUAUAUACUAUGACAUAAUUUGUGCAAAUAUGGCUGAGGCUUUAUGUUUGCGAUCUCGCGAUGACUUCUUGGACAUCCUUAUUAAUCGCGAUAUCGAGAAAUCUGACGACUUAGUGGUCAAUGUGUCUGCUAGAAAAAGACUCGCGAGAAAUAAUUACAUGCUUCGAGAUGCGGGAGACCCCAGAGGAAAAGCCAACUUACAGCACCUGCUGAAAGAAGAAGAACUCAUGAAUAUGAGACUGAAACAUUUAGACCACCCCGGAAUUUUUGUUGAUGCUGCGCCAGAGUUCACGAAUAGCAUGUUUGAUAGAAAAGAGUGGGUAUCACUCCUCGACACAAACUUAACCGCACCGCCUCUUCCACAAACAAAAAAUGUGGAAAAGGCCAAUGCUAACAUUAGAUACUCGGACGAGUAA